AUGCUUCCACCUCUCCCCCGACCGAGCGACUACGACGUCUCUUCUCAGAAUGGCUUUCUUCCAGACGAGAUUCCUCUCGACAUCCUGCCUGAUAGGUACUAUCAGCCAUGGGAGACUGUUGUGCGCAACUUCCAGAGCUUGAUUCUCGCCAAGCGAUUGCACCAGAUAGUCAUUGCCUUGCCCGUGCUCGAGACGGAUCUUCUCCUUACAGAAGCCGAAUGGCGGCGAGCCUAUUCUAUUCUCGGCUUCAUCGCACACGGAUACAUUUGGGGCGGCGACAGGCCAACCGAUAUUGUACCACCAUCCAUCUCAAUUCCAUUCCUGAAAGCAUGCCGACACUUGGAACUUCCACCUGUUGCCACGUAUGCCGGUGUAUGUUUGUGGAAUUGGCGCCCCCUGUUCGAUGGAGAGCCGAUGGACUCGUUGGACAAUCUCUCGACCCAUAUGACCUUCACUGGCUCGCUAGAUGAAUCAUGGUUCUACUUAGUGUCGGUAGCGAUCGAAGCAAGAGCUGGCCCAGUCAUCCCGAUGAUGAUAGAAGCUAUUGCAGCAGCCAGGCGGGGCGACAGCAGCACCGUCGUCAAGUGCCUACGAUCUUUCGCAGAGCGACUUGAUGAGCUUGGCACCUUGCUUGAACGAAUGUAUGAGAGCUGCGACCCCCAUGUCUUCUACCACCGCAUCCGGCCAUUCCUUGCUGGAAGCAAAAACAUGGCAGACGCCGGUCUUCCCAACGGAGUCAUGUUUGACGAUGGCACUGGCGAGCAACCCUACGUUCAGUUCAGUGGAGGCAGCAACGCACAGAGCUCCAUCAUUCAGUUCUUCGAUGUUGUCCUGGGCAUCGAGCAUCGUCCCACGGGCGAAAAGCGAGGAGACAGUGUGGAUUCAGAGAGUGCCACAGUAACAUCACCGCCGCACGGUUUCAUCCAGGAUAUGCGAAAGUACAUGCCUGGUCCUCAUCGCAGAUUCCUUGAGCACAUGGAGAGCGUAUCCAACAUCCGGGAAUACGUAACUUCGAAUCGUAACAACCGCGCAUUAACGACUUCUUACGAUGCUUGUUUGGCCAUGCUACGAAGCUUGCGCGACAAGCAUAUCCAGCUAGUGUCUCGCUAUAUCAUCAUCAAGUCUCGCGAAAGUCGAUCCCACUCCCGGUCGCUCUCGCCCAAGCAAGCAACGACUCAACGCGUCAAUCUCGCCAAUACGUUGGCACGCACAGGCAGCAAGAAACUUCGAGGUACCGGCGGCACCGCUCUGAUCCCUUUCCUGAAGCAAGCUCGUGAUGAGACUGGAGAGCCUGCAAUCGAUGCUUGGGCACGAAGGCUGCUCAAUAACGGGCCUGGAGAAGUUGGCACACCCUUUGGCAUUGAUGAUGGUAUUGCGAGGCUGGGUAAGGUCUCGGAAGGUCUCAAUGGGGAAGUGCAAGUUGUUGGCCUUGCUGGAACAUGGAGCGUUGAUAGGUUUGACGAGGGUGGAAUAUGCCACUGUGAGUAA